AUGGCAUCGGCCCCAGGAUUAGCUUUUGCAAAUAUUACGCUUAUGCUGGACCUACCACAAUUACCAGCUAUAUUUUUUGUUAAUGUAAGAAAUAAUUUAAAAAUUUUUAUGAACGAAAUUAAACAAAAGACAGUUGAAGGAGAAGAUAUAUUUUAUCCACACAACAGAAUUAACUUACAAAAUAAACAUAUAAACAAAAUGGGGAGAACAAGGAAAUACAGUAACAACAAAGAAUGGAUAUUUGGAAAUCCAUUCUAA